AUGUCUUCAUACACAGACUCCAUCCGCAACAUCUUUGGACUCGCAAACACAAUCUCGACCAAGAAGUCUUCUCCCCCACUAAGACCCGAUUCAGCUACCACCGUCAAGGGCUUCCAAUCCCCCUCCACCGAAGAGCCAGUCAUAGAAUCGCAUUCCGCAACAUUAACAAACAUGGCUUCGCUGAAGAAGAACAUGCAGCACAUCGACCGCAAGGAGCUGUACACCAACCUCGAAGCCAGGGUGAAAUAUCUGCACUCGUUCCUAGACUUCAAUGCAGAUGACAGAGCAGCCCUCGUCCUCGGCUCAAAGUACAUCAAAGCGCUAAUCCCAGCGGUGGUGAACAUCGUGUACAAAAAGCUUCUCUCCUACGAUAUAACGGCGCGAGCCUUCACCACGCGCUCAACAUCCUACGAGGGCCCCAUCGACGAGUUCCCAGAGGAGGACUCCCCGCAGAUAAAGUACCGGAAGAUGUUCCUGCGCGGGUAUCUGGGAAAGAUCUGCUCAGAUCCGAGCAAGAUGGAGUUUUGGGAGUAUAUGGAUAAGGUUGGGCUUAUGCAUGUUGGUCAAGGCCGAAAACACCCCCUCCAUGUAGAAUACAUCCACAUCGGCGUCCUCCUCGGCUUCAUCCAAGACAUCCUUGUCGAAGCCGUCCUCUCGCACCCGCGCCUCAAGCUCGAGCAAAAGACCGCGAUCGUAAAGGCGCUUGGAAAGGUGCUGUGGAUCCAGAACGACCUGUUUGCAAAGUGGUAUGUCCGCGACGGCGACGAGUUUGCGGAGCUCAAGCAGGAGGUUGAGAUUGAGGGUGAGGGAAUGCUACAUGGGAAGAAGGUCGUGGCGACGCAGGAGGAGGAGGAUGGUGAGAGCUCGUGUGCGGGGGGAUGUCCCUUUAGCGGCGCCGGGGGCGCGGGGGCCGCGGGGAUUGAGGAUUGUGCGGGGACGUGUCCGGUGUCCGGAAAUACGGCGGCUCCGAAGGUGAGGCCGCAUGUGAAGAUGGAGGGGGCGGCUUAA